GUCCCGGCGCUGCGGUGCGCGAAGUUGUGCCUGUUCCCAGAACUCCGGAGACGGGUGCCGUCGUAUCCGAAUCGUGAUGGGGACAAAGGCGAAAGCCGGGAGGAAACUGUUGUUUCUCUCUACCUCGGCGAUCCUGUGCUCCUUGGUGUUGGGCGGGAGUGAAGUGUACACUUCUGAUCCUGAAGUCAGAGUUCCUGAGAAUACAAUGGCCAAGUUAUCCUGUACCUUCUCGGGCUUCUCUUCUCCCCGUGUGGAGUGGAAGUUUGUUCAAGGCCAAACCACCAGCUUCGUUUGCUAUGACAACAAGAUCACGUCUUCCUAUGCGUCCCGAGUUACCUUCUCACUGAGUGGCAUUACCUUCCAAUCUGUAACCCGGAAAGACACUGGGAUGUAUACCUGUAUGGUCUCUGAAGAAGGUGGCAACAGCUAUGGGGAGGUCAGCAUCCAGCUCAUUGUGCUUGUUCCUCCAUCCAAGCCUACAGUCAACAUCCCCUCCUCUGCCACCAUUGGGAAGCGGGCAGUGUUGACCUGCUCAGAACAAGAUGGUUCCCCACCUUCUGAAUACUCCUGGUUCAGGGACGGGACACUGAUGCCGACGGAUCCCAAGAGCAACCGUGCCUUUAGCAACUCUUCCUAUGUUCUGAACCAGGAGUCAGGGGAGCUGGUCUUUGACCCUGUGUCAGCCUCUGAUACUGGAGAAUACACUUGUCAGGCACAGAAUGGGUAUGGGACACCCAUGAUGUCAGAUGCUGUGCGCAUGGAAGCUGUGGAGCUGAAUGUAGGGGGCAUUGUGGCAGCUGUUCUUGUAACACUGAUUCUCCUUGGAGUCUUGAUUUUUGGCAUCUGGUUUGCCUACAGCCGAGGCUACUUCGACAGAGCAAAGAAAGGGACUUCGAGUAAGAAGGUGAUUUACAGCCAGCCGAGUACUAGGAGUGAAGGGGAGUUCAGACAGACCUCAUCAUUCCUGGUGUGACCCUGGUCCGGCUCUUCUCCUGUCCUUUGUGUUUGCCAUACUCAGGUGCUAUCAGACUCUGGCCCCUGAUGUCUGUAGUUUCACAGGAUGCCUUAUUUGUCUUCUAGACCCCAUAGAGCCCCCACUUUUGUCUUAGUUAGGAUGUGUUUUUAAUAAUGUUAGCUAUGUGCCCCUUCCUCCUUCGUACCCUCCCUUCCUUUCCUGCCACUGUUCAGUGGCCUGGGACUUGUUUAAAGUUUUCAUUCACCAUCCCUAGAAGGGAUCAGGCAGGAAUCCUAGGUAUGCCUGUUGACUUCCCUUCUAAAUAGACAGCAAGAGCGGUGGGGCUCCCAGGAAUCUGCAGCCACUACCCACCUGGCCUAUAGUGGCCUUUGAAUAGGCUCUUUCCUCCCAUUUGGGGAUGGUGCCAGCUAUUCUAGUGUGGGGAUUGGAGACCUGAGCAGCUGAAGUGAUUGUUUCGUGAUGACGGCGUCUCUUCCAUCUCUGGAGCACAUUCUCUUCUGUCUUCCCAUGGGAAGAGCCACUGAGAUCCUCCUACCCCGUCCUCCUUUGGAACACAAAUGGACUGACACUGACUGUGUUGAUAGGAAAACGGGAGCUUUUGUUGUGGAGAGCACAGUAAACUUUUAGGGGAUGUGGAGUGAAAAAGAUUUAAAACCACUGAUCUAAAGAAAAAGAAAGCUGGAGCUGGUAGCUCAAGCCAUCACCCUUCCCUUGGCUGGAACAACCGUACAGACCCUUUUAGGAUGUGUCUGUAGGGCAGUGGGGAUGUGUAUAGUAGACUUAGCUCUUUGCUGAGUGUGUAUGUGCAUGUGUAUGUGGGGGGGUCUUAGUUGUAUGCUGAAAGUGGGUGUGUGUUGGAGGGCUUCUUAGCUCUUUGGUGAGAUUGUGUUUCUGUGUGUUUGUAUUAGCUGGAUGUUACUGGAAAUAAAAACUCAGUUUGUCAGAGCUUCUUUUUGUGGCAAGUGAGGGAAAUAAGGCCUUUGAGGGUCCCUAGGCUCCUUCUAUGUACAAACAGGAAAAUGCCUCAAGGCCCUGCUUCCCAGAAACGUGGGGCCAGUUCCCAGCAUGCUGGCCCACCUCCCUGUCCUGCCCCUUCCUGGUUCUUAUCUCAGGCAGAGCUUCUGAACUUUGGACCCUCAUUCCUGAUCCCUCUCAUAGCCAGGCAUUCCUCUGCUGGAGGAGGGUUUGGGGUCAAGCUGAUGCUGUGUUCUGAGGUUCUACUUGGCCUGUUCACCAAGUGAGAGAAGAAAGUGCCCACCUUCCACCUAUCGCCCAACCAGAUGCAUUAAUGGAUUUCCCUAAGGCUACAGGAAAAACUGCCCCAGAGCUGAGACAGGGAGAUUUCUCAGAUCAUUUGAAGAACUAUUUCUUUAGUAGCAGUUAAAGGAGUAACUACUACUUUACUAGUGUGGUGGGGUUCAGGAGAAGAUAAUUUUGAGACUGGACCAUCUGGUGGUCUGCAAGCGAGUGAGCAGGAAUAAGCAGGAUGGGCCUGGCUGUCAUUGCUCUCCCCAUCCCCAUUCGGACCCUUUUCUGCCCUUAAAUUUGUUCCCCUGCCUACCACAGUCCCCCACUCUAUUUAUUAACUAGCAAGAGGGCAAAUAAAGGGUCCUCUAGGGUUGGUUUUGCUUUUUUUUUUUUUUUUUUUCCCCCAUGGAGGAUACUUGGUGUCACUUUGCCCUGUGCUGUGCCUUAUCUGGAAAUCCCUAACAGAAUUGAGUUUUCUUUUCUUUUUUUUUUUUUAAAAGAUGACCGGUAAGGGGAUCUUAACCCUUGACUUGGUGUUGUCAGCACCACGCUCAGCCAGUGAGCG